UUUAACCCCUCUCAAAGCUUCAAACCUAUGUCGUCGUCCUUUUGCUAGCUACUAUUUCAUACGGUACCGGUAGCUCGUACAUACCGGUACAUACAUGUAGCUAUUCGUUAGCUGCGGUAGGUAGAGCUAGCUAGCUAGCUCUAGUAGCUAGCUAGUAGAGGCAAAACAGCUGUUUGCUUUGCUUCCAUCGAGCGCGUUUGCUCUUUAGGAGGCAGGUGUGUGAUCGAGGCGUGCUUCAUCAUUUGACUCCCGCACCCUUUCUUGGACCGAUGAUGUCAGACCCCAUUCGGACCCUUAAGUAAAAUAAUAUGACGCGCCAUUGCCCAGCCCUUCAUCAAAACGACCUUCGCGAGGCGUCGAUCAGAUUAGCGAAGCUAUGAAGGAUCUGUUCCGACGAUUUUACUUGCUUCUGGAUAUUCCGGACCCAUCGUCAAUACCAAAGCUCCCACGGCUUUGCAAGAAAGAAGAAACACAAGCUCAAUGGUCUCAAAAGUCUCAACAAACGUGCCAGGUGCAGCUGGUAUGCCAUCAGGAGCCGAGUUCGUGAUGAGCGAAGUGAUUGAUUUUGCCUUCGAAAAUCCACUCUACAUCACUUGUGUGGCAUUAGUGUCGUUCUAUGUUGGGCUGGAAGUCUCAGGCCACGGUAUAAUCUGCAAGUAUUUGCACCAGAAAAGAGUAAAGAAGUGGAACGAAGAUCUCGUGAGAGUCAGAGAGUUGCAAGACCAGUUAUCGGUAUUGAGAUCAGUGCGAGCGAAGAGAAAGCAAGAAGCCGCCAGGAAGAAGGCCGAGGCUGCCAAGCCUAAAGAUGCAGACCGUGCUGUGAAGCCAAAGAAGGAAGCGAAAGUGCGUUUCUCGUCCAAUGAUGUUACCUCUGUGUUCUCGGAUCAGGCAACUUCUGACCCCGAGACUGUUAGCCCUGCAGCGUGUGUUGAUGAAGCCGCCGUGGACACCUCCAUAAAAUUGGAUGAAGCGGAGGCCGAUGCAAAACCUGCGGCAGAAGUGGAGAAGAGCAUUAGUGAAGAAAACAACGAGACUGAAGAUGAAUUUGGUGAAAUUCCUCGUGCAGCAAGCGAUGUUUAUGAAUCUGUCAAAGACGCUUGGUCGUGGGGCCGCCAUGAAACACCCUUGUCACCUCUGUUAGGACUAGCAGAGGGUAUCACCGUGAAAACGGCUUCAAUAUUCGGAACUGACAUGAAAGGUAUCGACGAUGCCUUGAAGCCACAUGUUGCUGGUCUGGAUGGCCAUGUGGCCAACAUCCUUCAUGGAAUCAACAACAACGAUAACAAGGAGCCAGAAGAGGAGAAAAAGGAAGAGAGCUAGCGAACAAAACCACAAAGCCUGUCACUCUUGGGGGUCAUGCCACCAAGGUACAUGUACAACUUGAAGGGAGAAAGAGCGUGCAGCGUUGAGUGAUUUUGAAAGAUACAGUAGUAAUUAUAAAAACACUACUAGAUCGAUGCUUUGUUCGUGGAGAUCACCACUGCCGCUGUAUCUUGAAAACAUGAACAUUGGUUACCCC